GGAAAAUUCAAGACAAUGGUCUCAUGAAUGGUAUAUAACGAGACGAUCCCAUUGUUUUGUGCAAAGAUUCUUUUGAUCGUCGGUUCGUGACAGAUUCUGUUUUUUUUAUUGAAAAAUAUGUUUAAUUGUUUCGUGUUCGUUUUGCUACAAUUGUUUUUUGUGGUUGUGCUUAGUAGGAAAAUUUAUUUCCCGUCCUACUUGAAGCCGUGCUCACUCAGUGCUCCAGAUUUCUCCUCCUGCUGCCUCCAACAUGGCCGAGAAGCCAUCCCCUUCAUUCUUAAGGGCGACAAAAAGUUCGGAAUACCCAACCUGCAGCCCUUGAAUGUGCCCUACGUGGAAGUUAAUGCAGGAAGGGACCUGACCAUCUUCCUAAAGGACCUGAAAGUGCACGGGUUGGAGAACGUCGAUCUUAAACUAGUGAAAAUUGAUACCAAAGCUAAAAGAAUAACACUGAAAUUGGAUGUCCCCAAACUGGAACUCAUUGGACAAUACAAAGUCGACGGAAAAAUCAUGAUCCUCCCUAUCAAAGGAGAAGGUGACGUCAGCAUUACUGCCAUUGGUGGAAAAUACGAAUACGAUUUUGAUUACGUCCUCGAAAAUGUGAAAGGAGAAGAGUAUAUGGCUAUGACAACCAAUGACGAGCUGGAUUUCAAAUUGGAGAAAGCCGUUUUCAAACUGGACAAUCUUUUCAACGGUGAUGAAGUGCUAGGAAAACAAAUGAACAGUUUCCUCAAUGACAAUUGGAAGGAAGUGAUUGGGGAGCUUGGUGGAGCGAUCAGUCAGACUGUGGGAACCCUAGCUAGAUCAAUCGUUUCAGGAAUUUUCAAAAAAAUACCUUACAAAGCCCUUAUACUAGCUUAGACAUAACUUUUAUUUGAUGUAGUAUUAUUAUAUUUGUGAUUAGAGUGAUCUAAAUUAUUUGACACCAUAGUAAAAUAAAUUGAAAUUUAUUAUAUUUAUUUUAUUAUGUUGAUAACUGC